AUGGGGGAAGAACCUAGUCGCCUUUUGCACGAGGAGCUGCAAAGCCGGACUCUCAACGUACUGUUUACAGAUGAACAGUUUGUACAACAGUUCCAAAAGGCACUUGAUCGAGAUCCAUUAACGGAAGCUGCGUUGCGUGGUAUCAAACCCUUUGUGAUUCCGAGCAACCGAACCUCUCGUCGCGCUGCUGCUGAAAAACUUCCGGUUGACACAAAACUCUCCGACAGCGUUCAAGAGCUCUGCGACCGAUUGAAAGAGAAUCCUUCAUGUUUGACCGUCCGUGAGGACCUUCAGACAAGGCAGAAUGCAGUCAAGGUCGAUGAUCCCCUUUCCGUUCACGGGCUGCACACGGACGUGGAAGACAGUGCACAACUCUACGAGGUUACGGACUCGUUGUUAUGUAUUCUCAUGAAUUGGUAUACUUCAAAGAGUAGUCCGGAAGAAUUUGCCCAACAAAUUUUCGAAUCAAAAUGUGCUCACAUUCAAGACAAGCUCGAAGCAGAGGAGGAAAAACGGAGUAUCAUUGCGAACUGUCGACGACGAAGCCUCUCCGGCAGCAAGAUAUAUACCUUUUGCUCAGAUUUUAUCGAAGACCCGGGCGCAGUUUUCCACCUUCCUCGAGAGGUCAAAGCGAUGAUUGUUGCUAUAGGCCUGCCGAAUAAAAGCUUUCGAGACAUCCAUGACAUCCUCUCUCGACGGUUAAUAGAAAAAGGAAUCAAAAUCCAUGCUAAAGAAAAUAGAGGAGCAGAAAUUCUUCAGAGAAUGAAGUCGGUUGUUGACGAAGCCACCUUGCGUUGGCACACUCCAGUAGUGGCUGGCGGUGCUCCUCGAAACACGUCUGCUGUGGCGCCAGCCGCCAUCCCUUCGCAACAGAGAGACGCAAUAAACGACAACGAAAACCUUGAGGCUGUGACGCCGGUAAACCAGACAACCGUCGUUGGUGCGUCCCGCCUGGCAAGAGACGAGCAUAUAUCAUGGGACUCCGGUGUGGGCGUCGGUGGCGAUCCUUGCCACGCUUCACCAGUCCCCGGAGAAAGUCCUUCCACUCUCAGCGCCCAUGCAGUCAGUGGAAGUGUUUUAGAGGAGCCCGAAAGCGACAACAUUGGCCGGACCAAGCGUCGCCGUCUAGAUCAACCGAACAUGGAGCCGCUCGAUAGGCUAGGUCCCGAAGGUGAGUAUCGUUCCCGGGCCCAGUCACACCUGACCUGACUUUGUAGACGAUCGAAUUGACCAAACAUUGUCGGUCGACGGUACGAUAUUGCCGGAAGAGGGUCAAACGAGUAAUGCCACGGUGAUGGCUUACGAUGACUUGGACUGGUCGUUCUGGAUCAACAUGGCCGAAGAUGUCGACUUCAACUACAAUUUGUUUCACCCAUCCCAAUCGGAAUUCCUACCAGCCGACGAGCCGACGACGAAUUUCUAGCAUUCUUAAUCCCCACCGCUUCGGAAUUGGACCUGGCUUAGGCCGUCAAUGCCGGGUCGUUCUCAUCGCCUUGAUUCUCCGCGAUUUUCACUAGUUUGCAUUCAACAAUCAUUGAACCAAAACUCCCGCUCUGCAAUGUCACGCCCUCCGACCCAUGAACCGUAAGAACAUCGCCGUCCUGCAAAUCAUAAGGCUGGUAAAUGGCCGCGACCCGUGGUUCGAUAAGUUUUUCGAUGGGAAAAGGGGCUGGCGACUGUUGCAAUGUCGUCGAUGGCAACCCAGGGUCAUUUUGGUUCGAGUCGACGGAGAAACCCCCAUCACGAGUGGUUGGUUCCUCGACGUUGGCAGGAGCAGAGUGAAGGGAAUAAGAGCCUGCCGGAGCAACUGCAUUCUGUGGCAAGGUCGGAGCUGAUUUCUCUCUGCUGGCAUGUUCUCGGUAGCACUGACAGAGUUGAACAUUCAUGAUAACCAACACUUGAUUUCCAGUUGCCUUGAGACCGGCCGUAGUCACAAGCCACUUUGGGUCGCUUGUGAUCUCCAGACGGAGGCCUUGAUGUUCAUACAGGGAGCGGACAGCUGGGUGCUUCGGAGCGGUUAGAAGGCUUUUAUGGCGCGCGACAAAUAUGUCAUACUAACACAACAUUUGAGGUAUACCUGGUAAAACUCGUGGAAUUGGGGAUGAUCUUGCUCCCAGGUGGGCGAAAGUGGCAGUUCCCACUGAUGUUUCCACCGGCCUUUCCGGUCACGUAUUUGGACCAAGUCGUUAAUAUGUAGAAUGACGCAUUUGACGACAUUUCGUACUUCCUGAGGAGCUCUGAAGGUGUGCAUCUUGAAGCAGUGAAAAAUUUGUAUCGAGAUGACCUCUCAAUCGCGAAGCUCGCUCAAGUGCGCGGAAUGGAA